CCUUCUCCUCCUUCUGGGACCUCAUCCUUCUUCAACCUUCUCUCACCUCUGACCUACGACUUCUUGACUUCACACACCUGCUCAGAUGGUCUUCCCUAAGAUCAAUCAUGGCUUUCUUUCUGCUGACCAGCAGCUCAUAAAGCGGCGGCUCAUUAAGGGAGAUCAAGGGCAAGCCGGACCCCCUGGGCCUCCGGGGCCACCGGGCCCUCCUGGGCCAAGGGGGCCUCCAGGGGACACAGGGAAAGAUGGGCCCAGAGGUGUACCUGGUCUAGCAGGGGAUCCAGGGCAGCCUGGAGAACCAGGAAUCAUGGGACCUGAGGGGCCACAGGGGCACAAGGGUUCACUCGGGCCUCCUGGCAACCCAGGUGUCGACGGACGAAAGGGGGAUGUUGGCAUCCCAGGACUGGACGGUGUCCCCGGAGCCAAGGGUGAAACCGGAGAGCGAGGUGAAAAGGGCGAUAUGGGUGAAGACGGACCGAAAGGAGAUAUAGGAGAAAAG